GGAAGUGACGGCUCUGGAAGCCGCCGCCUGGGGGAGAACAUCCAAAGACCCGAGUCUGGUUAGGGCUGCGAGAAUCUCUUAUUUGUCCUGUGAUCCCAGGAAUCGAAAGCAACGUGAACCUUGCUCCGCAUGGCAUGUGGCACAAUCACCCGGGACAACCGAGACCCGAGCCCGGCUAGUUUUCCCUGAUACCCCUGGAUCUUCAUUUACUCAUCCUGGCAGCCUGGUGAUGUUUCCUCUGGUGGAUCUAAGGAGGUUCUUUUGGCUAAUUGUUCCAAUACUGUGGUGUUGCCAGACAAGCCUAAGUGAGCUAAGGGUCCGUGUGCGGCUUGAGGAUGGGCAGAUAGCAGAAGAAACUUUGCAAGCCGACAGUGAGAGGGACUGCAUUACUCUUGAGUUUCGAAAGACUGAUGGAACCUUUGUCACCUACUUGGCAGACUUCAAACAGAGUGUGAAGAUUUUCAGAGUCUUGAUAUUGGGGGAGCUAGAGAGAGGACAAAGUCAGUUCCAGGCUCUCUGCUUCAUUACUCAGCUGCAGAGCAAUGAGAUUAUCCCCAGUGAGUCCAUGGCCAAACUACGUCAGAAAAACCCACAUACAGUACGUCAGGCUGAAGAGAUGAGAAAAAUUGAAAAUUUGCAGAUGGACGUGGCUGUUAAUUUUACUAAAGCACUCCAGCUAAGCCCCCAUGUUCAUAACAUUUGUGCAGAGGCAAAAGAGGCCAUUUAUACAAGACAAGAUGAUGUACGAGCAUGGCUAGAGAAAGGAAUUGAUGGAUCUAUGUUUGAGGUUCUUCCUCAGUCUUCCUCUCUUCCAGCCCUGCCAACAUGCAAGGUCUGUUCUCGGGAAUGGAAACCAUGCAUUUGUUCAUACCGACUUGGCCUGGAGUGGAUUCCAUGCAGCCUGAAAUAUUGCAAAAACAGAGACUCCUCUGGACGUACCACUACCUACAAGUGCGGCAUUCGAAGCUGCCAAAAGAGUUACAGCUUCCACUUUUAUGUCACACAGAAACAACUGUGUCUGUGGGAUGAGGAGACCUAAAACCAUUUUUGUGAAACACCAUUAUAUUGUUUCCACCAUUGCUCCACCAGCUAUAUGGGACCACAGUUUCUCAGGAUGCUAAAUAUUUACGCCUUAGAGUUGCCUUAUACUGUGAAUCAUUCGGAUCUCAAAAGAAGUCUUAAACCUAGAUCCUGUUCUCACCCACUUCCUGCUAUUGCCGUGAAGCUAGGAUUAUUUCUUUGCUAUUGCACAAUGAUUGAACUUAUCAAGCACUGAAAUGUGCCUUAAAACAAUGUGCCUCGGUGGUCUUCACCAUACAGCCAGAUCAAAUCUCCUGCCUCUGAAGUGCCUUAUUGCCACAUAUGUAUGUACUGCUCGACGUGUUUAUAUGAACUUACAGAGGUGCCCAGUAUUAAAAAGAUCUAUUAAUGUAUUUGAAGUGUUCAGAGGGGACAGAACAUGGAAAUGUAUCGUUGGUCCCUUUAUGGAUUCACAGAUCUCCAUUUGACUUUUUCACUUGUAUCUGCUUAGUUCAUCUUUUUUUUUUUUUUUUUU